AUGCGACCACCCGUCAAAGGAGAAAAAUUGGCAAAAUGUGCAGCAUGUGACUUUGUACGGUACUGCAGUAAAGACUGUCAACGGCUUGCAUGGAAAGUACAUCGACCGGAAUGUCGACGAUUGAAGGCGGUGUUCCCAAAUCUCCCACUCACCGAAGUCUUGUUUCUGUCAAAAAUUAUCGAUCGAUUGAUUUUCCUGGCCGAAAAUGGUGAUAAGUUUGGAUGGGAACGUGAGCGAAAGUUCUGGUCGCUCGUUGAUCACAAAGAUGAAAUUCGGUCAGUAAUUGCAAAAAACUCUCGUUUUUUUUUCAAAAAUAAAUCCCACUACUAA